GAAGGGAGGGAUUGUCUUGUCUGUUGGUGGCUGAGACGGAAACGACGGCUUGAUAUAACGGACUUCGUCCCUUGCGUCUGGUCUGUUCUGGUUCGUUGGCAUCUGCGCUUUCUUUGUAUCGUUGUUUGCGUUCUCUCUCUUGAUUCUACUCGUCGCCCAAGCCGCGUAGUAUCAGACGGCGACGACGCCUAGUUGUUGAGGCCUACAGAAUACCAGCAUGGCUUCUAUACCAGUCCCCAAGACCGACGUAAACGGCACCACAGCAGAAGGCCACCCGGUCCAAGAAUACGACGUCAUCAUCAUAGGCGCCGGUUUCUCAGGGAUAGCGAAUCUGCAUCGGCUGCGCGAGGAUGGACUGAAAUGCCAUGUCUUCGAAGCGGCGUCUGACUUCGGCGGCGUCUGGUACUGGAACCGCUACCCCGGCGCGCGCGUCGACUCAGAAACGCCCUUCUACCAGCUCAACAUCCCCGCCGUGUACUCGACCUUCAACUUCUCGCAGCGCUUCCCCGACCACCGCGAGCUACGGCGCUACAUGGCGCACGCAGACCGCGUGCUCGGGCUGCGCAAAGACGUGUCGUUCAACGCCAAAGUGAACAGCUGCGAAUGGAACGAGAAGAAAAGCCAGUGGGAAGUCAGCACGGAGAACGGGCUGCGAGCGCGAGCCAGAUGGCUGGUCCUGUGCACGGGGCUACUGCAUCGGACGCAUUUGCCGGAGUGGGAGGGGCUGGAGAAGUACAGGGGGUUGGUGUGUCAUUCGGGGGCGUGGGAGGAGGGGACGAGCGUGAGGGGGAAGAGGGUCGCUCUGAUCGGGGCUGGUGCGACGUCCGUACAAAUCGUCCAGGAAUUGGGGAAGGAGGCGGAGCAUCUCACCGUCCUGCUUCGCCGGCCGUCGUACUGCCUGCCCAUGGGCCAGCGAGCCUGGACAGCAGAAGAACAGGACCACUUCCGCGCCUAUUACCCAGCCUUGUUCGCCGCUGGCCGUAAUUCAGCGGUCGGAUUCCCCGCGCCGCGGCUCGACAAGAGUGUUCUCUCUGCUUCGCCCUCCGAGCGCGAGGCCUAUCUCAAUUCCAUCUGGAAGGCCGGGGGCUUUCAAUUCCUGCUCCGCAACUACAACGACGUGCUGCUGGACCGCGAGUCCAACAAAAUCAUCUACGACUUCUGGAAAACCAAGGUCCGACAACGCCUAACGGAUGCCGAGAAACAGAAACUCAUUGCUCCAGACGCCAUGCCGUAUUUCUUCGGCACCAAGCGCUGCCCGCUCGAGCACGACUACUACGACGUGCUGAACCAGGCCAACAUCUCCGUCGUCGACAUCAACGCCUCCGCGCACCCCAUCGAGCGCUUCACCGAGCGCGGGAUCAAGCUCGGGAACGAGGCGCAAGACCGGCCCUUCGACGUGAUAAUCUGCGCGACAGGCUUCGAUUCGUUCACCGGGUCGCUGACGCACAUGGGGCUGAAGAACAAAGACGGCGUGGAUAUCAAGGAGGUGUGGAGGGACGGCGUGAAGACGUAUCUGGGGAUGAUGAUGCACGGGUUCCCGAAUGCGUGGAUGGUGUAUUCGCCGCAGGCGCCGACGGCGCUGUCGAACGGGCCCACGAUUCUGGAGUGCCAGACCUCCCUCGUCUGCGACAUGAUACAGUCUCUGCGCGCGCAGGGCGCGAAAUCCAUCGAGCCGACGCGUGAUGCCGAGCUGGAGUGGAAAACGGCGAUAAAUGCUAUGGUUGAGAAUACACUGUACCCUUAUACAAACAGCUGGUGGCAAACAGCAAACGUUCCGGGCAAGAAAGCUGAGAACCAGAACUACAUUGGCGGGAUCAACGCGUACGAGGCGGAGUGUCGGGAAAAGAUGGUGGGGUGGAAGGGGUGGGAGGUUGUUGCCGACGAUGAGGCGGCGGGGCAGGUGAGGGCUAUGCUUUGA